UUUUUAUUAUGCUGAACUUUUGGAAGGAAACUGCCAAACAAAUUUUUAAAAGUAACACACGAAGGUGUUCUUUACAUAUUCAACAAAAUGCGAGUUGUAAAACUUUUAAAGAUGACAUUCCUCAGUAUGAAGCAACCGUAAUUGGAGGGGGUAUAAUAGGAACAGCUAUAGCUAGGCAGAUAAAGAAAAAAAAUCCGAAUUUAACAACAGCAUUAAUCGAAAAGGAAGGUAUUUUUGGAAAGCAUCAGAGUAGAAAUAACAGCGGAGUAAUACAUUGUGGCAUAUAUUAUAGGCCGGGUUCACUUAAAUCUGUGUUAUGUCAAAAGGGGAUUAAAAGUAUCUAUGAAUAUUGCGAGGAAAAAGGAAUACCUUACACAAAAACUGGAAAACUUAUAGUAGCUAAUGAUAAACAAGAAUGUAAAACUCUAAAUGCUUUAUACGAAAGAGGGUUACAAAACAAAGUUGAAGGUUUAAAACGUUUGGAUACGCUUGAGCAAAUCCUGGAAAAAGAACCGAUGUGCAAAGGAUUUAAAUCAAUUUGGUGUGCUAAUACUGGAAAUGUCGAUUUUGAAAUGGUAACCAACAGUUUAGCUCAAGAAUUCCGAAUUAAUAAUGGCGAUAUUUUAUUAAAUCAUCAAGUAAAUCACAUCAAGUUAUCAGGAGAUGCUAAUUACCCAGUUUUACUAAAAUGCAACGAAAAUUCGUUCCUUAAAACGAAGUAUUUGAUAGUAUGUGCGGGAUUACAAUCUGGAAGGCUGCACGAAUUGAUAACACCUGAAACAUCCAACAAUAGCAGAAUAUUUGUUUCUUUCAGAGUCAACUAUCACUUAUUAAAAGGAAAACCUUUAAAAGUAAAUAUAUACGAAACACCUGAUUUGGAUUUACCAUUUUUAGGAGUACAUUUGUCACCUCGACUAGAUUGUACCACAUUAUUAGGACCUACAGCGGUUCCUGCAUAUACUAUAGAAGGAUAUAAUGAGGAAGAUAUAAAUCUAAGGUACUUAAAAAAUACUUUGACUUCUCCCAACUUCCUAAAUAUGACUAGAAGAUACAUUUCAAAAUGUAUAUCUCAAGUACAAAGACAUUUAUGUCCGGAAACGUAUAUAAAGAAACUUCAAAAACUGGCAGAUUUCAACAGGGAAGACGUCAGUAACGGACCAAUAGCUGUACAGACCCAGUUAAUAAAUCCUGACGGUACAUUUCAGGAUGAUUUUGUUUUUGAAUUUUUUGAAGGCAAAGACAUACAGAAACGGAUAAUAAAUUGUCUUUUUCUGCCUAGUCCAGCUGCUACGUCUUGCUUAGCUAUCGCUGAAUAUGUGACUGAAAAGUUUUUCAAGGAGUAUGACCCUAAAACUUAACAAUAUAUCGUUAAUUAAGAUAUUACAAAUAUAUGC